AAGAAAAGAAAAGUGGAGCUCCUUUCUGUGGUGUCUGGUUGGAGUAACAGAACCUGUUCCCUCUUGGCAGAGUGUCACUUGGGCAAACUAUAGAUACAGGAAGGAUGUCAUGAUGAAGGUGGAAAUAUAAUUCAACCAUGACAUGACCAAAUCAAUAGAAUUGGUAUUCCAAAAUCCAAAUAUACUUUUGUGCAUGACCUCUAAAGUUGAGUACACCAAUGACUGCACCACAGAAAUGAAGUUGACGCAAAAGAUGAGAUGUACUGUGUGACAUACUCCAAACGUUUGUUAUGGCUGUUUUCGGGGGUUUGGUCAGAACUGCACAUUAAGGGGGGAAUGCACAUUUGGAUCACGUUUGCAGGAAGAUGAGAUCAAACUCUUAGUUGAGUUUGUAAGGUUACAGGCUAAUCAGGGGUGGCCAACCAUGCCAAGUGCUGGGGACUGAUUCUUGCUAGUGGGCAUCAAUGACACAUAGGGUUUCUUAUAUUCUCUCAAGUGUAUGUAUAUCACAAUUUCAACCCUUUUUUUUUUUUUUGAUAUGUAGAGACUAAAGGUUGAAUCCUAAA